AUGGAAGGAGCUCCUGUCACCGCAGCCACGGGGACCUUGGGGCCCGUUGUAGCGAAGCUGGGUGCUUUGCUGGGCAGCGAGUACAAGCUCCGGCGGCGGACUCGCAAGGACGUCAAGAUCAUCAGAUCAAAGCUCAAGCCUGUGCACUCCAUCCUUUGGGCGGCAUGGGGGGAGGAGAUUCUUGAUGCGGAAUCCAAGGGCCUGAAGAAGGAAGCGCUGGAUCUCGCCGAUGACAUGCAUGAUGCCAUCGACGACUUCAUCUUCACUUUGGAGGCCAGCCGCAGAAGCAAGCGCUUGAUGGUGCAGACCAAGAUGAAAGCAAGCCCCUUCCAAGAUCUCAGGGCAAGAGUUGAUGACGUGUCGGUCCGGUGCCGCAACAAGUGGAAGUCUGCUCAACCCAUCUCCAGCUUAUUUUCAAGCAAGAAAAACACCAGCCCCAGAAAAUCACCUCCUCAUCGAGCUCCAUUUGUCCGCAAGGAUGCGUCAGAACUCAUUGGUCUGGGCAAAUGGAGGGAUGAGCUCAUCAGAUACCUCGUAGGAGAACAACAAGAAGAGAGCACAAUGGUGUAUCCGGAGCUCAAAAUGGCAUCCAUUGUUGGAAUGGCCGGUGUGGAGAAAACAACCCUUGCCCGCCUUGUGUAUGAAGAGAUUGAAAGUAAGUUCCAGUCCCGGGCUUUUGUGUCCGUCACUCCAACUCCCAACAUGAAGGAGGUUCUCACAAGCAUUCUCAAGCAAGUAGGAGCUGAACCGCCUGCUGGCACCCAAGCAAGGACAGAGGAAGGUCUUAUCCACGCCAUAUCAAAUUUCCUAGAUGACAAAAGGUGUGCAAAUUAUUAUUAA